AUGCCCUUGGUGUUUGUGGCCAGUGUUGCUGAAGGGAAGGAUGUUCUUCUGCGAGUCAACAAUCCGCCUGGGGAUGCUAUAGGCUAUAACUGGGUCAAAGGGGAAACUGUAGUGCCCAGACAUCAAAUUGUAUUAUAUGCAGUAGACGCACAAGUAACUACCCCAGGGCCUGCACACAGCGGCAGAGAGACAGUAUACCCCAAUGGAUCCCUGCUGUUCCAGAACAUCACCCUGAACGACACAGGAUACUACACCAUACAAAUCAUAAAGAGAAAUGUUCAAGUUGACCAAGGAACAGGACAGCUGCGCGUAUUCCAUGAAAGAAGCAACACAGGUCUCCCUGUGGGGUCCAUCGUUGGCAUUGCAGUCGGGGUCCUGGUCGGACUGGCACUGGCAGCCGCCCUGGGGUGUCUCCUGCUCCGCACAAGGACUGGAAGGGCCAGUGGCUGGCGUGAUCUCAGAGAGCUCUAUUGCCCAGCAUCAACCCCCCGUGACCAUGGUCCAGCCUGCAGCUCCACAUCUCCGGACUCCCUGCCCAGCCCCACCACAGCCGUUCCCAUCUACCAGGAAUUACGACACCCCGACACAAACAUUUACUGCCAGAUCAACCACAAAGCAGAAAUGGCUUCUUAG